UUUGUUUUUUUAUCAUUUACAGACCCUUGCUACAAAUACACUGUGCUGGAUGAUCCAUGGAGAUCCACAACUUAUGCAUAUACUCCCCAAAACCUAAAGUGUGACUAUAAUGUCAACUGGGUCGGCUGGUAUCGUCUCUUCUUGAAUGGUCAGAGCGCUCAGAUGUCAGAAACGUGCGUUAGUCAGUUUAUGUGUAGCACUCAUGCCCCGCUCUGGCUGAACGGAGCACAUCCAAACAUCGGGGAUGGAGAGGUGACCCGAAACGUCUGCGGUCACUGGGAGAAUAACUGCUGCCGUUUCCCUUCCAAUCCCAUAAAAGUCAAAGCCUGUCCAGGAGGUUAUUACGUCUAUGCGUUUGUUCAGCCAAAUUACUGCUCUGGGACCUACUGUGCAGUUACCAGCAUCAACAACGCUCCGGAGUCAACCUUGGGAGCACCAACAAUAUUUUACCCGUUCGGCUCAGCGGCAGGAGACACAAAUAAUCCUGUUCUCGAAGAUGGAAGCUCUCCUGUUAUUCAGCUGUCGAGUUCAUUUCUGUUCUUUGGUCGCUCGUACCAGAACAUUUACGUGAAUAAUAAUGGAUACCUCACAUUUAACCAGGCUUCGUCAGAAUAUGUUCCCUACUCGUUUCCCGCUAACAGAAGUCAGGAUAUAAUUGCUGGUCUCUGGACUGAUCUUGACAACCGUGUGAAAGGAGUUGUUUCAUAUCAGCAGUACAUUAAUGGAAGUCUUCUCACAAACGCCACUCGGGAUAUAAAGACAUAUUUCCCAGAUCUGAACUUCAACGCUUCUUGGGUCUUCGUGGCGACGUGGGAUAAAGUCGCUUACUUCCCAGUAACCAACACAAACACAUCGUUUCAAAUGGUUUUAAUUUCAGGCCGUAAUAUUUCCUUUAUUCUGAUGAAUUAUGGAGACAUUGCUGUAACAGAACAUCCAGUGCAGGCUGGUUAUGACACAAUAAGCUCCACAAACUACUUUGUGAUUCCUGGAUCAAAACUCGGCAGCUUCAUCUCAAACCUCAGGAGCUCCAGUAAUGUUGGUGUUCCCGGUCGAUGGGUCUUCAGGGUGGACAGCGGCAAAAAUAACAUCGUUGGACUUAAAGCGAAACUUACCUCAUUUUCUGACCUAACAGAUAAUGGAAACAUUCAGAUGGUUUUAGAUCAAUUGAAACAGGUGCUGGUUAGGAACGGUGUGUCAAACAGCAUCGAGCUGAAGCUAAGAAAAGUGCAAAAGAUAAAGCCAUGAUAUCAGUCUCCUUCACAAAAUUUUAUGAAAGAGAUACAGGUAUAAUUUUUCCACGUGGACAAGUCUUUAAAGUUUUACAUUUUGCAGUAACUUUCUUUGCCCGUUAAAAGGGAUUUAUACAAUAAAACCAUGACCAACAAUUACAAAUUUCUCAUGUGAGCAAGUUUAAUGAUUAUUAUAAAAUUAGAUAACAAUCAGUUUCACAAAUCCAGUUAUAUCUGGUAAAGAGGAGCCUUCUUCUCACACAAAGCUGUGAUUAGUGAUUUGUAAUAUAGUGCAAUUGUUGUAUAGUUCGUUUUUGUUCUUAUGGGCUCUAAUCUUAAGGGGGAAAAAAAUUACAUUUCUCUUUUGAAAAAAAUGGUGAAAUUUCCAUUUAUGGGUGCAAUGUUGAAAGGGUCAUCAAAUAUGUUUGUCAUAGGUAUACUUAUUUUUUUACUUUUUCUAACUUAUGUAAUGUAAUCUUUGUAUGACUGUGUCCACUAAAGAAAACAUUUUGUA